GCAGGGUUGUACAGUGUGUGCCGUCUACACUAGCAGUGAGGAGGGCGUAUACUGACUGACCUUCCUCUUCACGCCUCACACUUCACCUCUGUGCGCGGCAGGAAGGUGGGUCCAAUAGUCGUCCCUCAGUGUCAGCAACUGCAAAGUGUGUGAUGCGACUGACAGUGGCGCUUGCGGUGGUGGUGCUGGCCGGGUCGGCGGCGGCUCAGCUGAACGUAGGUCCCCAAGGAUUGUCUGCACCACCCAUCAACAUAAUCUCCCUCUUCAGGUUUCUGCGAGAUAUGUUCAACCACUUCAUGACCGGCAGUAAUUCGGUGGUUGAAGAGAAGCAGGCCACAGGCGAUGUCGUCCAAACCUUAGAGGACGUAGCGAGGAAGUGUCUUGGAGACGAUCACCCGUGCUGGCCUUGGCUGCUGGAUGACGAUGGCGAGGAUGACAACGAGGAAGGGGAGGAGGAAGACGGGGAGAAUAUAUUCGAUCUUGCUGAAUCCAAAUACGUGGUGACUAAAUGGAUCAUGGCGUACGUGGCCAUCAUCAUUGUGACCAGCGUCCUCACUCUGGCCAUCGGCUACCCUUAUCUCAUUACUGGCCAGACCUUCCGUAGCCUGCACUCUCUGCCCCUCCCCGACCACCAGGACUCACUGCUGCUGCUGACAUGGCUGCUAGGGGAAGCGAGCGGGGACGAAUCUUGUUUGGAGCGAGUCGUCUGCCUCAACCCGGAGAGAUCGGCUCGCUACCUUGCCGUGCCCAACAUCUUCACUUCCUUCUUUUCCAGAUGGGUGCCCGUCCACUACCGCGAGCAGCUGGGGCGCCUCGGGGACGUCACUCAAAACGGACUCAGCCACACCUGCGACCAAUACUUGUGCCCCGUCCUGCCCAACCUGUAGCGCAAACCUCCACUGGUAUCUGUAGCACUCCACUCGAACUGUUAACUCCAUCUGUAAGAGCCAGUAAUACUUAGCCUCCCAUCUGUUCCUGGGGUAUUCCAUUGGUAAUACUUGUAGCCUUUCAGUUGUUUGUAGUCUCCUAUACGUACAUGUAGUCUUCCAUCAGUAAUAACCGCAACCUCGAAACUGUAGGCAAUCUUUCACCGGCACCUUCCUCCCGGGCUAAGUCACCAGAGUUACCAGUCACCAGUAGCGAUGGCCCCUCCCGUACUUUGUCCCGUCUUUUAUCAUCUCCCAGGCUGCCGAUAGUUUUUUCUUCUUCUUCUUCUUUGAUUUACUUCAUCUAGCUAUCAAUAUCUUCUUUUCCUUUUCUUCUGACUUAUCUUUUCCUCUUCUUCUUCUUCUUCUUCUUCUUCUUGUUCUUGUUCUUGUUCUUGUUCUUGUUCUUGUUUUUGUUCUUCUUCUUCUUCUUCUUCUUCUUCUUCUUCUUCUUCUUCUUCUUGUUCUUGUUCUUCUUCUUUGAUUUACUUCAUCUGAAAGCUAUCAAUAUCUUCUUUUCCUUUUUUUUCCGACUUAUCUUCUUAUUACUAUUAUUGUUCUUAUUCUUAUUUUUAUUCUUAUUCUUAUUCUUCUAUUUACUCCACCUGAAAGGCUAUUGAUAUUUUCUUUUCCUUUUCUUCCGACUAAUCUCUUCAUCCAUCCAUCCAUCCAUCCAUCCAUCCAUCCAUCCAUCCAUUCGUGCUGUAUUUCCAUCACGAAUAAACCGUGUAUCGCCAUGCAGGGUGAAUUUCAAGGGUUGCUGCAGCGUGCAUGGGGAGCGAGAAGAAGAGGAAAAUACCGUGUUCUUUUAAGGUUUUGUUCUCUCAUGGGGGCAUCAUUUAAAACAACCGUAAAGAUUAUUAGUUGAGUUCUCAUGACGUGUUUUCUUCUCAUUGGUGGUGUAAGAUCCUUGUUAAACUAUCUCUGGAAUCAUGAGAAAACUUGAAAACGCAAUGAUUUCUAUAAAGUCUUUUAAAAGUAGUCGAUAUAAGGCCGCAAGACGCUUGAGAACACUGAUGUUAUGUUUUGGCGUCAAAUUUUUAAGGAUGUUAUCACUAUUUAAAAAUUCAUUGCCUUUGUGUGGAAACUUUCUUUUAUGAACCCAGAGAACGUGAUGGUAGUGGUAUUUGUGAUCAUGGUGGUGUCUAUCCGUAUACGUAAAGUUAGCAUAGUCGGCUCGAAAUGCUGCUAGUGGUGGUGGUAAUGAUAAUAACAAUGUUCUGAUUAUACCAACGGAGAUGCAGACAGUGAUGAUGAUGCUGAUGCAGUUACCCUGACGAAGACUGACGGUGAUACUAUUACGAUACAGACAAAGGAAGACGUUGACAGUGUUGCAAAUGAUACAAUUAUACUGUACUGAUAGAGGUACUGGCGAUCAUACAAUUAUACUUACUGGCGAAGACGCAGACAUAAUUGAUUAUGGUGACGAAGAUGCUGACGGUGACAGAUUAAUACUGACGAAGAUGCUGACAGUGAUGCAAAUGUUACUUAAACUGACGACGACGCUUACUAUGGCGAAGACGUUGAAAGUGACAUAAUUUUACUGACGGACACGCUAACAGUGAAACUUACGGUUAAAAUGAGUGACAGCAACGCAUUACCACCACCACCAACCACCACCACUACCACCAUCAUCAUCAUCAUUACCACGACUUUCAUAGCGAUCUUGUGAAAUUAUAGUUCCCACACCACUGCAGACGACUUGAAGCAGAAAAUCUUAGUCGAUUACUGGCGACCUCCUUCCCAACGCCUCAUACCCCUUCCCUCUUCCCCUGCCCCCCUUCACCUCGCGUAAUUCUCACACGCCACAUCUUUUACUGAAAAGAUAGUUGUGCAUUUUAUCAUGUAUUAUUUAUUUAUUUAUUCAUUCCUCUAUUUAAUUCCUUGUUGUAUUUUUUAUUGUUAAUUUCUUGUUACUAUUUUUGUUGAGAGAGAGAGAGAGAGAGAGAAAGAGAGAAAGAGAGAGCAUAUCUAGGAAGUGAACGGUAUCUCAGGAGACGAGUAGAGGGUUUCUCCAGGACGCGGCACGGAAGUCACCUGUCAUUAUGUCCACAAAGGAAUCAGGCAAGAGUGAGUCCCCCACCCACCUCACAUCACGUCACCCGCGAUCACUACCUACAUCGUGACGCCUCAGCCCUCACUGCAACUUACACUUCUACUGUGACGAGAGAGAGAGAGAGAGAGAGAGUGAGUGAGAGUGAGUGAGUGAGUGAGUGAGUGAGUGAGUGAGUGAGUGAGUGAGUGAGUGUGUGUGUGUGUGUGUGUGUGUGUGUGUGUGUGUGUGUGUGUGUGUGUGUGUGUGUGUGUGUGUGUGUGUGUGUGUGUUUUUAAUGCUAAAUCAAUUAACAUUUGCCUGUUGUUGCAUGUGAAUUGGCAUUCGUAUUUGUCAUAAGUUGCGUUCACCAUCGGGAGUGAGUUGUUCUCUCAUGUGCCUGACUGGACGAGUAUGUCACGGAAUUGCAUGACGUCACGCACUCCAGGUAUAUACUCAGGAUAAAGGAGGUGGAGGACCAGUGGAGAGGCGUCUGUCACGCACGCCACGCCAGGCUUCCAGUCCCCUGUCUGUACACCGUCUGUGAGUGACUUAGUGAGCGAGUGUAUUCGUACAUAUGAUGCCUCUACUACAGCCUGCCAGCUAAUGCUUACCCUACUCUUAUUGAUUUACGAAGUGAGAAAGGUCGAGUACAUUGCAUAGUAAAGGUCCAUAAUGGAGAUGGAAGUUGUGGUACAGAGCCUUGUUAAAAGUUGAUUUGUUGACCAUACAUGCUGCCGUUUUCAUAAAGAAUUCGGUGCGCUUUUAAAACAUUUUCUUUGUUGUAGAGGGUAUGUACUUAGUGAUGUAGCCAUUGUAAAUUUGUGUGCAUGCAACGUGACUUGUAGUAAAACACACCAUGGCGAACUGGUUGUAAGAAAGUUGUAAGAAAUAUUAUGGGCAUAACACUUCACCUUACUAAAAUUAUUAAAAUUAUUUAUAUACUUAU